AUGUCGUGGCGGGGAUAUCAGAACAGCGUGAAUGGCAGCGGGAGCGGCGGCGGCGGCGGAUGGAACGGAUCGGCUAUUCCUCCACCUUCGUUUAAUCCGUCCGCGCCUCCGGCUAAUACAUCUGCGCCGGUGUGCUAUAGCUUCCUCUCCCCCGCCGGAUGCCGAUUCGGCCACCGCUGCCGUUUCUCCCACUCCGCGCCUCCCCAAUCCCUCCCCGCAUUUCCGCCUACCCACUCCGCGUUCCCCCCUUCUCACUCCGCGCUUCCCCAAUCCACCUCCGCGUUUCCCCCAACCCACUCCGCGCUUCCCCACUCCCUCUCCGCUUUCCCCCCUUCUCACUCCGCGCUUCCCCAACCCCCUUUCGCGUUUCUCCCUAACCACUCCGCGCUUCCCCAAUCCAUAUCCGCGUUUCCCCCUUCUCACUCCGCGCCCAUCCCCUCCCCAUUUCUCGGUGCAGGGGGCGCGCGUGUGAGAGUGAGUGUGAUGAGCUACAAUGUGCUGGCGUCCUGCCACGCUGCCAAGUUCGCCCGUGAGCUCUACCCCGGGGUGCCCAGAGGCGUGCUGCACUGGAACCAGAGGAGGCACGGCAUCGUGAAGGAGAUCAAGCAGCACUCGCCUGAUCUCAUAUGCCUGCAGGAGGUGGACAACCAUGCAGAUCUAUGUGGAGCACUUAACAAGCUGGGCUAUGACAGCAUCUUCCAGUGUCGCACGGGAGGCAACAAGGACGGCUGCGCUAAUUUCUGGAAUACCAAGAGGUGGUCCUGUGUUGACUUCCAGUCCAUCGAGUUUGCAGCUGUGGGCCUGAGAGACAAUGUUGCCCUUCUCACCGUGCUCAAGUUUAUUGGAGAAAACAAGGAAGGGGAAGGAGUCGAGGAACUGGAAGAAGGAGAAGAGAGGGAUGAAGAGAAUAGCAGCUGUCUCGUCCUCGCCAAUAUUCACGUGCUCUUCAACCCGAAGCGAGGAGACAUCAAGCUGGCCCAGAUGUCCCGGCUCCUGUCUGCCGCCCAUCAGCUGUCCGAGAAGCACGGGAGCUGCCCGGUCGUGGUGUGCGGGGAUUUCAAUGCCACCCCUGCAAGUGCACUCUAUGACUUCAUCGCUUCAUCGCAG